AAUCCUGUACAUCCUAUUUGAUAUAUUUAUUUUUAUUUAAUAUAUUUAAAACAUUAUUUUGAAGCACCAUUACCAGACAGAUCAAGGAUUGAUAGCCCAAAGCUUGCAUAUGGCCUUAAACUUUAGACUUUAAAUUUCUUUCCUCUCUUUUAGGAAGAGUUCCAUGAAGUUUCAUUAUUGCUCCCCAAUUCUUGGAAUUCUUCCUAGGGAAUUGGCAGACUUUUAAAACAACUCUACUAGAUUAUGUGAUCAAGUUAUUUUUAUUUACCUUAUUUAAUUAAUGACAAUUUAUUGAAUAAAGCUGUGUGCCAUACAACAAAGAACACAAAAAUGAAAAAGACAGGCACAGUUUUCGGAGCAGAUUUUAAUCUCUGGGAGGAGUAGAUGGAUAAUGCUAGGCUAUGAGAGACAAUGGGCUGGAGAUGGCAGAUUAGUGCAGUUUAGUGUGAACACAGAAAACGAGCAGGCUCGCGUCUUAAAAUGGAAAUGGUGUUGUGAUGUUGUGUCUGCUAUUGUGGAUGGUCAUUGACAGUUAAGAGUGAUAUUUGGGAGCUCCAGCUGUAGCUGGGGAUGGGAUUGCCAAAGAGAUUAUGGCACACUCUCCAGAGUUAGCCCUUGGUUUCCUAGCUCUUUUAAAAUAGGUUAUUUUGUCCAAGAAAAAAUGUCAGUUCUGCAAAGUACUUUGGCUCUUUUUGAUUUCUUAUACCUUAGUGACUGUCUUCUCAGAGAAUAGACAAGAGGAAUGGUUGAAUGUCCAAAGAACUAAAAAAAUCAACACUAUCAUGAGAUGGGGGAGGUAUGGCAAGAGCAGCAUAAGACUCAAGGGUUUUAGUUGAUAAUAAAGUGAAAUUAAAUGGCGUGAUUUUAAAGAUGAAUUCAAUCUAUGUUUUUAUUAUUAGAAGUGUAAUAUUCAGAAUAAAGAGGAUGAUUAUUUUUAUGAACUCUGCGCCUCCCAGAGGACACUAAAAAUGAAUUCCCCAUCUUAUAAAGUAUUAAGUUUCACGAUACUGAAAACAUACCAACCAAAGCAGCCUGAUCAUCUUCUAAAAACCUUAUAACGAGGAUUCUUCAAAGGGUUGAUAGUGAUGAGAGGCAAUUCCUAAGCGCUUCAACUCUGAAUUGUAUAAUUUUAUACUUUAUACACACCUAUGUUUAGCGUGCGAUGACUUCAUACUGAAAAAAGAGAAAACUAUGACACAGACAAAUGAGACACAGGUGACAGAAUUCCUCCUUCUGGGACUCUCUGAUGACCCACACACCCAGCAGCUGCUAUUCAUCUUAUUCCUGGGUGUCUACCUGGUCACUGUGCUUGGGAAUCUGCUUCUCAUGUCCCUUGUUCAGGUCGACUCCCAGCUUCACACACCCAUGUAUUUUUUUCUCUUCAACUUAUCUCUGGCUGACCUCUGUUUCUCUACCAAUAUCAUUCCUCAGACCCUAGCCCACUUGCUAUCCAGGAAGAAGCUCAUUUCAUUCACACGUUGUGCAGCUCAGCUUCUACUCUUCCUCAUUUUUGGGUGUACACAGUGUGCCCUUCUGGCAGUGAUGUCUUAUGAUCGGUAUGUAGCCAUCUGCAACCCUUUGCAUUACCCUAGCAUCAUGACGUGGAGAGUGUGUGCCCGGCUGGCUGCAGGAUCAUGGACAAGUGGCAUUGUUGUGUCUGUGGUGGACACCACAUUCAUACUAAGGCUACCUUACCGAGGCAGCAAUAGUAUUGCUCAUUUCUUUUGUGAGGCCCCUGCACUGUUGAUCCUGGCAUCCACAGACACCCGCACUUCAGAGAUGGUCAUUUUCCUCAUGGGUGUCAUGAUUCUCCUCAUACCUGUUUCUCUAAUUCUGAUCUCCUAUGGCCGCAUCAUAGAGACUGUGGUCAGGAUGAAGGCAGCUGAGGGAAGGCUCAAGGCGUUCUCUACCUGUGGCGCCCACCUCAUGGUCGUUAUUCUUUUUUAUGGGUCAGGAAUUGUCACCUACAUGACACCAAAGUCUUCCAAAGAACAGGAAAAACUGGUGUCUGUGUUCUAUGCAAUGGUGACCCCCAUGCUCAAUCCCCUCAUCUACAGCCUGAGGAACAAGGAUGUGAAGGGAUCUCUGAGGAAAGCAGCCACAAGGAAUUUCCCACGCAGACUUGGGAUUUUCCGCUGACAACGACACCCUCUGUGCUCCCUACUUGUAAGACUUGCUGAGUAGUUCCCUGAGCAAGACAAAUACAGUACGAUUCUUAUCCUUGGGCCUGGCUGUGGAUCCGCCCUCCAUCCCUCAUCCAGCGGUUCCUUUGUAGAAGAAGGAGGACAAUAAUUCAUGGACCAUGGUCUUUCAGCACUUAAGAAUUAGGAAAACCCCUGAGAAACAUUCAUAUUUUAUAAACUCUGGAAAUGGUAAAAUCUGUCUUUUUUAUCAUGCUAUGUAUUACUAUCCUACUCUAACUUCUUUGUCUUUGGGUAUUUAUAGAUCUUUUUAUGAAGAUUUUUUAUAAAGAUUUUUAAUAAAGAUUUAUAAAUCUUUUUGCAUCCUCAAAUAAUCAAUAAAUUAAACACUUAAUCACUU